UCCUACCACAUUACAGUUGUACAAGUCUCCGACGACACUCACAUAUGCACCGCCAAGCUUUCCGCGCACGUGCGUACAUCACCAACCUCCGCGACCAUCAGCACCUACAACAACCAAGCAGAAACGACAUCACGAUGUUCAUACAGUAACGAGAAAAUAUAAAAGCUUUGUGAAACAUAUUACACAAAGAUGGCGCCCGCCACGCCCUUCAACGCCGCAGAAAUCACCGAAAAGGCGCGACGCGACCUGCUGCUGCUGCUCGAGGGUAUCCGAGGAAAGAAGAAUCUAGUUCUUGAGAAAGCACUUGCCGGCCCACUGAACUUGCUAGUCAAGUUUUCAACGCUCCAGGAGUAUGGCGUCGAUAAGCCGUUCUUUCUUGAGAACGACAAUGUCGAUGCCAGUCAAAGGAAUGUCGUGUUUCUUGUAAGAGGAGAGAAGGCGAAGACGGUGAUGAGGGUUGCUGAUCAAAUCAAACGCAUACGGAGAGAAAGCGAGAUUGAGCACGAGUUCUCUAUCUUCUGGGUACCGAGGCGCACUAUCGUCUCCGACCAGCUGCUUGAAGAAGCUGGUGUGCUUGGUGAGGCCAGUGUCAGCGAGUGGCCUCUCUUCUUCGUGCCUUUAGCCGACGAUGUCCUAUCCCUCGAGCUUGAUGAUGCUUCCUCAGACUUGUACCUACGUAAAGAUCCCACGUCCAUCUACCUUGCCGCGAAAGCACUCAUGCUCCAGCAGCGCAAGUAUGGCCUUUUCCCGCGGAUCAUUGGCAAAGGAGAUAAUGGCAAGCGACUCGCCGACCUCCUCAUCCGGAUGCGUACCGAAGUGGCAGCAGGAGAAACCCCAAGCAGUACGGGCCCGUCCUUUCUCGGGCUUGCCCCAAGCACAACUAUCGACAGUUUGAUCAUCAUCGAUCGAGAAGUCGACUUCCCAACCGUGCUACUCACCCAGCUGACAUACGAGGGGCUCAUUGAUGAAGUCUUCAACAUCUCGGCUAAUCAGACCGAAGUUGACUCCUCGGUCGUCGGGGGCGCAGCACCACAACCAGGCCAGACAGGCUCAGCAUCCACCAGCAUGAAGCGUAAGAUCUUGAUCGACCCCAAAGACAGUCUCUACAGCGAACUCGGCGACGCCAACUUCGCCAUCGUCGGCUCCCUCCUCAACAAAGUCGCCCGCCGUCUCCAGUCCAGCACAGAGCGCAACAGCCUCGCCGCGAAAACCACAUCCGAACUGCGCGACUUCGUCGCCCGCCUCCCCGGUUACCAAGCCGAGCAAGCCAGCCUCAAACUGCACACCUCCCUUGCCGAGGAAAUCAUAAAAUACACGCGCACAGACACCUUCACGCGCACCCUCGAAGUCCAGCAGAACCUCACCUCCGGCGCCGAUCCCUCGACGCAGCACGACCUCAUAACCGAACUCAUCGACCGCGGCACGCCUCUCCCCGCGAUCCUGCGCCUGCUGUGCCUCGAAAGCACAACCAACGCCGGCAUCCGCGCCAAGGACCUCGACGCAUUCAAGCGCGCCAUCAUCCUCGCCCACGGCCCGCAGCACCUGCUCACGCUCCAAUCGCUGGAGAAAAUGGGCCUGCUGACGGCACGCGGCGGCGCCGCACUGGCCGGCGGCACAGGCAGCGCCGUUGCGCCCGGCAGCGUGACAAACUACACGCCGCUGCGCAAAGUGCUGCGGCUGUGGGACGACGAGGUCAACGAAGCCCAGCCCGCCGACGUCUCGUACGCGUUCAGCGGGUACGCGCCGCUGAGCGUGCGCCUCGUGCAGAGCAUCAUCAUGAGAGCGAGUCUCGCGCAGGCCAUCAAGCCCGUCGCGCCCGGCGCGCCGCCGAGCUCGAAUCCCCUCGCGCAGGGCUCGCGGCUGUGGGACGAUGCGGCAAAGUACGUGCGCGGCGCGACGUUCAGCGAGGUGCAGAACGGCGGUGUCAGCGCCAAGGCGCUGCGUGCGAGGCAGAUGCUGAGUGGGCAUGGGGACGCGGGGAAGACGGUCGUUGUGUUUUUCCUGGGCGGCGUGACGAGGGCUGAGAUUGCGGCGUUGAGGUGGGUGGGAGGAAAGUUGACCGAGGCGGGCGGCGAGGGGAGGGGGACGAGGGUGGUGGUAGCGGCGACGAAUGUGCUGACGGGUGAGAAGUUGGUGGAUGGGGCGACGGAGAAGGGCGUCUUCAAAGCGUAGGGUAUGUAGUGUUGAACGUGACUGGGGGUGAAUGUUGAGACGCUUCGAAACCGAGUCAGAUCUGUCCAGUCAAUCACGAUAGAUAGCAUUUGAGGCCGCAAGUGCACGUCGUUCUGCAAGCAAUGUCAGGGCUUGAAGAACUAGCUAGAGACAGCUCGAUCCUGCGUAUCACGGUUAUCAGUCGACAUGUUAGCAGGCCUGACUUACAGGUAGAAUGAAGCGGCAGUACUAAUGUAGUCUUUAAAGUCUCAUCAGCGUGCAAGAGCUCCCCGAACUGACACUGACUACCUCCCGUGUUUUCAUGAACGUGGUCUUCAUUCCGGCUUUUCUGCUAUCCGAGAAGACAACACCUCGAAGCAGUACACGAUGGUGGUGAUCAGACACAUUGCAUGAACG